CGCCCCGCCCUCCGCCUCCCUCCUUCCCUCCCUCCCCGUCGGCCGGGCGGCAGCCGGCGCGGCCCCUUUAAUUCCCCCGCUCCCAUCCCCCGCCCGGCCGCUCCAGCCUCCAUUUUCCAGCGGAUCCGGCACCUGGAGGCGGCGGCGGCGGGAGCGGCCCGCACCCGGCCCCGUCUCGGGUAUGGCCGCCAACAUGUACCGGGUCGGAGAUUAUGUCUACUUUGAAAAUUCUUCAAGUAACCCAUAUUUGAUACGAAGAAUAGAAGAACUCAAUAAGACUGCCAAUGGGAACGUAGAAGCAAAGGUGGUAUGUUUCUACAGAAGAAGAGACAUAUCAAGCACACUCAUUGUAUUGGCAGACAAACAUGCAAGAGAAAUGGAAGAAGAGAUGGAAAAUCCAGAAAUGGUUGAUUUACCAGAGAAACAGAAGCAUCAGUUACGACAUCGUGAGUUGUUUCUCUCACGACAGCUGGAAUCUCUGCCAGCCACACACAUUAGAGGCAAAUGCAGCGUUACUCUGUUAAAUGAGACAGAAUCCCUUAAAUCAUAUCUGGAACGGGAGGAUUUCUUCUUUUAUUCACUAGUAUACGAUCCUCAACAAAAGACCCUCCUCGCUGAUAAAGGAGAGAUUCGAGUUGGAAACAGAUACCAGGCAGAUAUAACAGACUUACUAAAAGAGGGUGAGGAUGAUGGAAGAGAUCAGUCAAAACUUGAAACAAAAGUUUGGGAAGCCUUUAACCCGCUAGUAGACAAGCAGAUAGACCAGUUCCUGGUGGUAGCACGGUCUGUUGGUACGUUUGCCCGAGCACUCGAUUGCAGCAGUUCUGUCAGACAGCCAAGCUUGCACAUGAGUGCCGCAGCAGCCUCCAGGGACAUCACGCUGUUCCAUGCUAUGGACACUUUGCACAAAAAUGUCUAUGACAUUUCCAAGGCAAUUUCUGCGCUUGUGCCACAAGGUGGGCCAGUCCUGUGCAGAGAUGAGAUGGAGGAGUGGUCUGCUUCAGAGGCAAACCUCUUUGAGGAAGCACUAGAAAAAUAUGGAAAAGAUUUCACUGACAUUCAGCAAGAUUUUCUCCCAUGGAAGUCCUUAACAAGCAUAAUAGAGUAUUACUAUAUGUGGAAAACUACAGACAGAUACGUUCAGCAGAAACGAUUGAAAGCAGCAGAAGCUGAAAGCAAGCUAAAACAAGUGUAUAUACCCAACUAUAACAAGCCAAACCCCAACCAGAUCAAUGUAAAUAACGUCAAACCAGGAGUGGUAAAUGGUACUGGAGUACAGGCACAGAACGCGGGAGCAGGACGGGCCUGUGAGAGCUGUUACACCACACAGUCUUACCAGUGGUAUUCUUGGGGUCCCCCUAACAUGCAGUGUCGCCUCUGUGCAUCCUGUUGGACAUACUGGAAGAAAUACGGUGGCUUGAAAAUGCCAACACGGUUAGAUGGGGAGAGACCAGGACCAAACCGCAAUAAUUUGAGUCCUCAUGGUGUGCCAGUACGAAACAGCGGGAGUCCCAAGUUUGCUAUGAAGACACGACAAGCUUUCUAUCUCCAUACAACAAAACUGACAAGAAUUGCCAGACGUUUAUGUCGAGAUAUCCUGCGCCCUUGGCAUGCUGCAAGACAUCCCUAUCUGCCUAUUAACAGUGCAGCAAUCAAAGCAGAAUGCACAGCACGUUUACCUGAGGCAUCAGAAAACCCAUUGCUAUUGAAGCAAGUGGUUCGAAAGCCUUUAGAAGCAGUACUGCGGUAUUUAGAGUCUCAUCCGUGUCCUCCGAAGCCAGAUCCUGCAAAGAGCCUGUCCAGUUCUCUCAACAAUCUGACUCCUGCAAAGUUUACUCCUGUCAUUAAUAAUGGGUCCCCAACUAUCCUGGGAAAAAGAAGUUACGAGCAACACAAUGGAAUGGAUGGCAACAUGAAGAAGCGCCUGUUGAUGCCUAGCAGGGGUCUGCCUAACCACGGACAAACCAGACAAAUGGGACCAAGCCGAAACUUGCUGCUCAAUGGGAAAUCAUACCCAACAAAAGUCCGAUUAAUUCGUGGUGGAUCCAUGCCUCCAGUGAAAAGGAGGAGGAUGAACUGGAUUGAUGCACCAGAUGAUGUUUUUUACAUGGCCACUGAAGAAACCAGGAAAAUCCGCAAGCUGCUUUCCUCCUCCGAAGCCAAGCGAGCCGCCCGACGCCCCUACAAGCCGAUCAUCCUGCGGCCCAUGCAGGCGGUGCCGCUGCGCCAGCCCAUGAACGACGAGCCCAUCAUCAUCGAGGAUUAACGCAGGCCGAGCAGCUCUCCCUCCCUCCCUCCCUCCCGCCCUCCCUCCUGCCCUCCCUCCCUCUGGCCUGCGGCACAUCCGCCGGAAAGAAUCUCUCCUCCAGUAUAUACUUGAGUUUCUAUGGCUACAGAGUUUGAACUAACUGUUGAAGAGAGGGAACUUUUGAGGAACUGUUUUGCAUCUUUUAAACCCUUAAAAGGAACUUGGCCCUGCUCUGAGCCUCUGACCACAGACUGCUCUCUCUCGCGCGCGCUCUCUCCUUCUCUCUCUCCUUUCUUUUUCCUGGUUUUUGUUCCUUUUCAUUUUUGGUAGCCUCUUUUCCCCUUUGCUUCUACCCCUUUUGUAGACAGGGGGAGGGAAAGUCAGUUUAACUUAUUAAGAGAAUGUGGACUAGUACUUUCUAGCUUUGUUUCCUCUUCCGAUGUCCGAAGAGCUAGAACCCUUCAUUUUGUGACUGAGCUCUCGUUGCAAAGCCAUUUUUACGAGGCUGUGCUGUAAGAUUUUUUAAUUUGGUUUUCCUUUUCUUUUUUUUCUAAUUUUGUGGACGGUGCCAUUUUUUUAUUUCAUUUAUAUUAUUUCUUUUGUAGAUAAAUUUCCAACCUUUAGCUGAUGUUUGGAAAUAGGAGCUGAAAGCCAGGCCCCGGUUCAGCCAGUUUGCUUUGGUCCUGUCCCUUAACAUCCUUUGGAUCGUUUUGCACGGCCGGUUGUGCACAUGCACCAGACAGCAACAACUCAGGCUGAGAAAGGAGUGAGCUAAGAACGGAAGAACCUUGCAGAACAUUACACUAACCUUGUGUGCAGUGGAGGCCAGGCUGCCAGGAUCAGCUGUCCUUACUCUAGUAGAGGUUGCCCUGGGAGAUCUUGGCCCGUGGCGUUUCCCCCAGUAACCAGCAGUUUGCUGCCUUCUCUCUGACAUCUGGAUUCCUACGUGCUGUUGCACCACCAGGACCCAGCAGUAGGCCCAGCAAUCCAGCAAGUGUAAUGAAUUGCUUUGCUCUGGCUCCAAGAGUCAAGUCCACCGAUGCCCAGGGACAUUUUGCUUAGAACUCUGAACCUGUUUGUGAGAUUUUUUUUGGACACACCUCUCCCAGGACGGGACCUGGUUUCUCUUUAAUUGCGUUACUGUACGUUUCCCAUUUUGAAGGGAAUUUAAAAUGACAGCUGGGUUUUCAUUUGAACACGUUGUGUCUAAAACUAAGUGGGUUUUUCCCCCCCUCCCUUGACAUUUCUUGUGUUUGAGGUUUCUUGCAUCUCUUGAACUUCUUAUGUAUUUGGAAGUCUGUAUAAUUUCUUUUUCAUACGUCUCCUCAUUGCAGUGCAUUUGCUGAAUGCCCUGCUCUGUUUUGAAAGGAUGUAAACUAUCAUUUGCAACUUGUGCUGAUCUGUACAUGUACCUGCCUCAAGCAGACACAGCAUGUAAUAACCCCCGAGUCAUUCCAUAUGUGUCAGCGGUGAGAUGAGCCAAAGUUGUAUUUGGGUUAUCACAGUCCAACCGUGAUUCUGUGCGACGCUGCUAACCCCCACCUUGGGUUAGACAGAAAGGAAUCCCCACAAAAGGCAAACAAUUCAGUUAACUUUACUUAAUAAACCUGGAAAGUGA